GUGCUCGUUGUAUUCUAUCCACCAUCACCACUUUCGAGAGCGGUUUGUAGAUCCAUCAUGGACCGAGGACGAGUUCCUCAAGAUAUAACUGCCAUAUUUCAUGCUUCAUUUCAUCCCACCAAAGGAAAUAUUGUGGACUGGAGUCUUAAAGCUAGCGAUGGCUUCAACUUGGAUGGUGUCGAAUUCAGUACCCUACCGAGCGGGCUACACUUAGUCGACCAGGAUGUCGUAUACUUCACGAAAGACGGUCAUGCGGGCGUCUGCGUUUUUCGUCGCCGUAAGACUACGGAACACGGGCAACGAGGCUUUCGUCUGUCAUCUCUUGGUAUUCUUCUUGUCAAAUCCAAUCGACCGCGGCCCUGGCGUCAUAUAACUGCGCUUCGAGUUUUGGUCGAUUCUAUCUACUCGAGCCUUGAAGACAGAGGCAUCCUAGAACCAAACGAUGCUGAUUGGGAACCCGCUAGAAACUUCUUUGAAGAACGAAAAGUCCGGAGGGCAGACUUAGGUGGUGCAGGCGACUGGAAAGGGUGGAGUCAUGAGCUAGAUAAUCCCGAUAUCGAUUUUUCGGAUUCUAACCCUACCUUCCAUCUCCCUCAUCUCCUUCGUAUUCUAGGGCCUUCAGCGCUGACCCUAUAUAAACACGUGCUUGGGCGACGGCGGAUCCUCAUAUUUACCCUACCACCUGUUGAAGCCGCAUGUAUACUUUGCCAGGCCGCAGCCGACAUAUGCUAUCAAAUCCAAGUUGGCGAUGACAGCGAAGAGGGUACUUCCGGCAGUUAUGGCAACACGCUGAGGGGCAAAUGCAGGGAAAAUACCAACGUUCUUGGUAUGGUGACAUUGAGUGAUCUGGACAAAUUAACCCAGGAAGGAAAGGCUGGUCGCGGAUGGAUUGCCUGCACAACGGAUGCUAUAUUUCUAGAGAAGCCAUAUUAUUAUGAUCUUUUGAUUGAUUUAACGACAUCGACACCUUCAAAGGCGUCGCGACCUACAUUUUAUCUAUCCAAACCUGUUCAGUCGACAGGGUCACGAGGCCCUACUCACCGACUUUCAAGUAUCCGAUUCACCUGGAGCGAUGUCAAACUGCUUGAUGGAGCAGACCAAUGUGACCGCGAAUGUUGCUGCGCCUCCGGCGGAGCUAAUGGCAAGUCUAAAGUCGUCUCACCAUGGACAGAUGCAUGGAGAAUAUACGAGGACGUUUGCAUUGUGUGUGCCGGACUUUGGGUUGGUUCGUGGAGGGGAAACUCGGCGAUGUCAUAUUCGACAGGGAACGGCUCUAUGGCAAACUGGGGUAGUGUGAGAUUAGAAGGAGAUGACGAUCUAUCGUUAGGAGGGACCUAUGUGCGGAAUGUUGGCAUGGGUAUCGAAGGAAGACCGAAUCCGACCGGCAAAGGAGUGAGGCGAUCAAGUGGUAUGUCAAAUUCCGGUGGGAGCUUGAUGUCUCGAAUGGAUCGUCGCGAAGCAUCUUCGUCUUCUGCCUUGACUUCUUCCUCAAUGCCUGGAAGUAUCAGCGCAAAGGAUCUAAGCUCUGACGAACGGAGGGAGCGACAAGUGCUGACGACUAUGGCUAUCCUGCAGGCCUUCCAUACAAACACCUGCUUCCAGCUAUCGCGCCUAGCUAGUUUCUUACCUCCAUCAGGACCCGACGAGCCAGUGGCUUCGCCUUCUUCGAGUUCUGAAAUUAAAGUGGUAUACCUGGCUCCGAAAGAUGUGGUGUCCUUUGAGCUAGGGCCACUGAGCUCCCUGGACGCCCGAUAUUUGGAGUGGCUUGGGGACGAGUAUGGUGGGAGGACGAGAGUUAUUGUGAAGAGAGGGUGGAAGGACCUCUUCGGCGUGAUAUUUGGGUUCGGCUGACCACCCUUUGUAGUAAACUUUUCACCAUCAUCAAAGCACCCUCCUGUGCCAUUAUGUUAUGGUGGGCAGCCGAUCAGGGUUGCUGUGGUUGAACAUGAUAGCCAAAAUUCUUUAUUAUUAUUCUGACCACGUCGAAGCGAUCUUGCUUUGCGAUACAUACCUACAUCCAAGCUAUGUGGUCAUUGUUUUUGGCCUCAUUAUGGAGGAGCUUUGCCAUGUCAACUGACGGCCGAGCAUCGCUUAGUAAGCGGUUUCUGCUUUGGUCACAU